AUGGCUUCCCGUCUGAUUUCCGUCAGCCGGAGCUUCUUCUCCGGCAGUGCCUCACUGCAUAUUAGAUUACAAUUUCUCUCAACAAACCCUUAUGUUAAAUUUUCAUUUCCCACUUUAGCUCCUUCCAAGAAAAGCUCCUGUGGCAUCAAACACAAACAUUGCCUUCCAGUUCCAACUGCAACUUACGAAGAGUUUCCAGCUGAGUUAGCAGAAGAAGACUCCAAAUUUGUUCCUCUUGAAGCUGAUGCUCCAACCUAUGGUCCUCCAGCUUUGUUGCUGUUAGGUUUCGAAGUGGAGGAAGCAGCCAAGAUACAGCAGUUGCUUAAGGAAUUAGAUGGAGAAUUCCUCGAAAUAAUUUUUUGUACUGAAGACAUGAUAAGUCGCACUCUCUGGGAAGCUGUAAACACCAAGCAACCUAAUCUUGAAGCUUCUAAGAUUGCAAAAUCACUUCCAAGAGUUUGCUUCCUAUCUGGUCUAAGUGGGGAGGAGAUGAUGAUGUUUAUUGAUGCCUUUCCAGAAAGUGGAUUGGAGCUUCCUGUUUUUGCUGCUCUUGUUCCAAAUAGUGCCGAUAAACCUCUGCGAGAGGUGAUUGAAGAAAUCAUGGGAGAUCAUGAAAUGAUAACUUCCCAGAAAACUGGUUAG